UUACCACCUUCAGGGUUGUUCUUGGACGCUAUCGAGCCCAUUUGACAGCUCGGGAACAACUGACGGCGACGUGGAAAACGAGUAGCGAGAAUUCGAAAGUAUUCCAGUGUCGUAUCGAUCUUUUCCCUAGCCUUCUCGGCCUUUCACUACGAAAUACCUAAUAAUUGGGUCUUGGCAUGUGCGUGUGCGUAACGCGUACAAAGUGAUUGCGGCGAAUAGGUACCUAGGUAGGUACACGGUUAGGUCGUCGCCUCCGGGUGGUUAGUAGUAACUAGCGAACGUGCGUAUGCGCUCGACUGAAAAAUAAAAAAAAAAAUGAAUAUAAUAUUUUAAUAACGCAAUAAUUAUAGAGUACACACGCGGGCGGAGGUGUAAGACUGGCCACUGACCAGUGGUGACCGGGCAGUGAUUUGUAAUUUUGUCGGAGGAACGGAGGACCUUGAAUAGGGAUUGGCGUUGUAUAGGUUCAAAAUAUAAGUUCUGCCCGCGAUAAACUGGAAAGGGACAAAUAAAAAUCGUAGAGUCGUUAUCAACGUCGCAGUUUCUUUAUCAGCUGUUGUUAUCGGCAUUAUCCUAUCGAGUCCAUAGAUAAUGAAAAAAAAAAAAACAAUAAGAACAAUAUUUCUUUAUUAUCUAUGACCGUGUAACGUCUACGCACGUGCCCUCGAGAACGGACGGUAACCGUAUGCAAUCUUCGUGUUCAUGUGAAACAAACAAUAUUUUCCAUUGAAUGAACCAUAUUAUUUAAUCUAACGUGAUAAUAGUAAUAAUACAAAUUAUUAAGUAAUAAAUAUACCCAUCUCUGUUGGACGCUGUGUUCGUCUCCGUAUUUCCUGUGACGAAUUAUAUUCGUUGCGUUUGAAUGCAAUAUAAUAAUUGAUAAUCGUACCAUACGCGUUAAUGUCUUCGCCGAUGGUAUUAUGAUGUCCGCGAAUUUGUAUCGCUGGAGAAAUGGAUCAGAUGACGCCGUCGGCCGAAGACGACUUAGACCUCGAAGUUUUCGACCCGUACACGCAAGCCGUGCUAUUAAAAGGUAGGCACAUGAUAUGCAGCUCAGUACCAAAGAACAGAUGAAUCUGUGUUCUGUGUUUUAAGCAUCAUUACGUGAGUUAUCAUUAAAAAAACAAAAAUAUACAAGCAACAAUUGUUGUAAACGCUAUGCCAUUCUUAUUGGUACGUCCUACUAAAUUGCAUUAAUGUUUUAUUCAGAAGCGUAGCUAGAAAUACUCUUUUGGGUAGGCCAGAUAAAAUAAUAUAAAAGUUUUGGAUGGGAAAUACUACUUAUACUCCGACUUAUACUCAUGUUUGAUUUUUAAAAUUGUGUUGAUUUCUGAGACAAGUGGCCCGACCGCUAACUACGCCACUCACUGAUCUUAUUGUACAUUUAUAACUUAAUAACUCUAAAUUGUGUAAAAUUAAUAAAUAUUUAAAACUGCAACAACUACCUAUAACUUUAAAAUGUGUAUUUUUUUUCCAAAUGGUACUUUAUAUCGCCUUAGUUUUGAACCUACCGCCCAUCAAGUGGUAGAUUUAGGGAGGGAGUACUUUCGGAUAAGCCUCUCCUUUAACAUGUAGAUACUUGUAGAAAAAAUACAAUACAAAAAAAUACAAAAUUCAAUUAUAUAAAUUAUAACUUUUAAAGGAGUGAAAAAAUGCAAUUUACUUCACGAAUUUCAAAUUUUUUUUUUAAAAAAAAGACGUGUUUUUUUAGCGCUGAUUUUGAAACUGUUUGAAUUUUUUUGCAGAUAUCAUUACUAAAAGUUAUUUUCAAAAAUCCGUAUUUUUUUAAAAACAAAUUCCUGAUGUCUUUUUAGACGCUGAUUUUGAAUAUGUUAAAAAUAAUUUUGUUAGAACGAUUAUUAAUGAAGUUAUAGAAUAAAAAACUUAAAAAAUUUAUACUAUUUUAAUCGAAAAUAACCUUAGAUUUGUUGUGCAAAACCAUGUCGUGUAGGUUAAAAACAAAUGCAUUUUGUGUGUACCUAGAAAUCCGACGGAGUUACUCUGUUUUAGGCACGUUUACAAAAAUAUAUUUCGGGGGGAUGGAAGGGUUAAGGUUGUACACUUUCAUACUCUUAUAACAAAGAAUUUCACAUACUUGGAAGUGUAGGGUUAUUUAUUUUUUACUAAAAAUGUCAUUUUUAUAACAUUCAAUUUUGGUUUUUUAGGGUACCUAUAACUAUUGAUUGUAAAAUAGUAUAUUCAAUGCUAUUACUAAAUGAUACAUUUAAUAAUUUUUUCAGUGAAUAUAGCUUAAAUGAUAACGUAGUUCAUAUUAUUGUGAUGAUAAUGUAGACUAUGUAAUAUCGCCUUGACAGUUAUAAUUUCCUAAAGACAGGAAAAUCACAAAAAAUUAAAAAUGGAAAUAAUAAUAAUAUAUACCUACUACUGUGGUUGCCGCUUAAAGUGUUCACAGGUUAUAAGAAUCAGCCGCUUAAAAUGAUAAAAAGUUCCAGGAACGGAACUAACGGUAGUUAUCCGUGCAUCCUUCGUCACUUACUGUGUUCAAAUUUUCGGUUAUAGUGAUCUGAAAUAGAAAUUAUACAAUAAUACACAAAAGGAAGAAAAAUCUGACGAUUAUUAAUAUACGAAGCUAAUCUAAUCUUAUCUAAGUGUAAUCCUCCUAAAGCCCCCCAUAAACUGUCAGUCUUGAAUGACAUUAACGUAAUUGACAGUCAAGACUGACCGUAUAUGAGUAUGAUUGAUGCAAUCAGUGGGUAAGUUGGCAAAGUGAAAUUUCUGGGUCCCGAUAAAUCUAUCCCGAUAAUCUAAAAAAAGCAGGCGAACAUCAUCAAUUUUUUUUGAAAGAACCUAUAAAACUUAUGUAUGUAUAAAUGUAAAAUUAUUUAUUCUACCGAUAUUUUUUACCUGUUUUCGAGUUGCCGCUUAUAGUGAUCAAAAUACUCUUGGACGAAUGUGAUCAUCAUAAGCGACGACCACUGUAUCUAGUAAUAAAAUAAAAAUAAAACCAAAAUUGUAUUUAUCUUUCUCAUUGAUAGAAACCACUUUUGAGACUAUUAGAAAUCUACUUGCACCAUAAUUUUCAUAAAAUUUCAGGGGGGGGGGGUCAACUAGACACGAAAGAAAACUUGUAUAUAUUUUUCGUAUUUCGUAUUUAUUUUUCAUAUAAAUGUAUCACAUAAUGUCUUGUGAUAGAGAAAGUUUGGUUAGUUUAGUGUGAAGUUUAGUGGAAAUGAGACUAUGCAUUUAUAAUUUGAAUGACAAGAAGCAUAGCAAUAAACAUUGGAUACAUUGAAAACUUAAUCCCGAAAAUCUCGGGAUUUCCAGGAUCAAAAAAUAGUCGGGAAUGUAUUCUCUAUAGUAGGUACAGUGAGUAAAUGUAUUGAUGAUUAGAGCAUGCCAUGAGGAGAGGAAUCUGAAGCCUUAAGAAUUGUAGUGAAAAUAAAGUUAAAAUGAAAGAGUGGGAGUGGAAGACUGGAAAAGAGAUGGUUGAAUGUGAUGAUGAUGAUACAAGGACAUCCAGUGUAGUUGGGAGUUGGGAGAUUGGGUCAAGUUGAAAUUUAGAAUAAAAGUGGUUGACCACAAAUAGCUAGGAUAAAGAAAAAAAUAGGAUUUUAGUAGGUAUAUGUUAGUUUAUUAAUGUAGGAAUCAAAUAUAGUAGUAGUGUCUGUGAUAGAAAUAACUAUCCCCACAGUCAAUUCAAUAAAAUAUGUACUUCAAUUUAUCAGUUUUAAAAAGAAAAAAAAUCUUUUCAAAUUUCAAGACAAAAUGUUAUAAGUACCAUCCAGCACCACCCACCCACAAAUUCAUGUGGUUCAUAUGAAUUACCUAAUGUACGUACUCGGUAAUACUGCUGAAAUCUAUCUUAUAUAAUUCAUAUUAUAAUAGGUUGAUUAUUCUUCUGAUCUAUACAAUGCAUUUAAUUUAUUACCUAUAGGUAUUGAUGUGGUAAAUAUGUUUUUUUGAGGCUUCUGCCUCAACCACUAUUAAUUGGUUAACAUGGGUGAUUGAAUGUGUAAGACUGUAGAACCAUAAAAUCCUAAGUUUAAAUUAAUAACUAAUUAUAAUUGUGGUAAGUAAAUGAAAUUCCUGGGCUUCAUAAAAAACAUUCUACACUCAUACUUUACAGCUUAUAAGCAAUUAUAAUUUAUGAAAUUUGAUUUUAAAUCUACCAUAGAUAAAACUAAGUCUCUGUGUACUGGUAUCUCAAAAUGAAGGUCUUAGCUACCUUAAUUUCAGCACUGUACACAGUUGAACAAUGGUUCCAAUGUGAAUCCAAUGGUUUAAUUGCUUAUAAAGACCAAUAUUUAUAAAUUCUCGAUUUGCUCCUUAUCAUCUAUAAUUAAUAAUAUAUGAAAAACACCAGCAAUAAUUUUAGUUCACUAGACAGUUCAGUAGCCAGUGAAUAUUGUAUUAGUACAAAAACUCAUUAUUUGUAAUAAAUUAUGUAAAACUAUUAUAAAAUAGGUAAUCUAUGUGACAUAAUGGGUAUUGUCAUUUUAUUAUAGAUAAAUUAUAAAUUUAUCCUAUUGUUUAAACAUAGUUUUGAUAAUUUUGUUUCCAUUUAAUAAAAUACUGUAAAUUAAUGGUGGGUAGCUAUUAUUAGAUUGGUUAUUUUUUUGUCUGUAAAUCAGUUUUUAACCAAAAUAUUAUUCAAUCAUCAACUUUAGUGUUGGUUUCUGUUAAUUUUUAAAUUUUCUUCUAAAUGGCGUAUUAGUAAGAUCAUCUUUUGGUUUUAUUUCUACUUUUUUUAAUACCUAAUGGAAGAAAACAAGAAAUAUUUAUUAUUUAUGGAAAAUUGUAGAAUGUCUCCUUAUUUCCAAGUUAAAUCUAUGCAAGUCUAUACACAUUUAAAAUAAUAUUUGGUAAUUACAAUGAAGUUACAUUAAACUAUGUUAGGAAAUUAUUUACCAAAGCUUUUCAGAAAGAAGAAACAAUUUCUUUGUCACACUCUUUAUAGUCAGUCAUGAAUUAAUAGUAAUUUUGUUAUCUGAAAAAAAAAUUAUACAAAUAUAUUGCAUAUAAGUUAUAACAAUGUGAAAUUAUAAAAGAAUAAUGGGGAACUUGACCAAUAAUAAUUCAAUGAAAUAUUUUUUAAAAAAUAUAUGCCAAUCAAAACUGACGGUUUUUAUGUUAUAUUAUAUUGUAUUUUCACAAUGGUUUUUUUUUUCAACACCAAUUUCACGUCACGCAUAAAUCGGUGACAUAAAUGCAUAAUUAAUUAUGAAAAUAUAGUAAAACAUAAUAAACAAUGUUAUAAUUACAAUAUUGUUGGUAUAUCUGGAAAAUGUAUGUGUAGGAACAGAAAUUUGCACUAAUUACUGAUAAUUAUUAUUUCAGGAGGUCUUUUAACAACAAAACAUAUUUUUCAGUACACAGAAGCUGAACUUCAGAAAAAAUUCAAUUUGACAGCAGCAGCCACUCGCCGUGUGUUUAUUGAAGCAUCAAAAAUAAGCACAUCAAACGUUAAGUAAAUUUAAAUUUUAAAUGAAUAUAAGUAAUAUUUAUUAAAUUUAUUAAAAAAAAAGUAGUGGACGCUAUAAAGAACCUCAUAAUCAAGUGCUUACAACAGGAUGUGAUCACAUCGACAAAGCUUUAGGUGGAGGUCUAUUCAAAUAUGGUAUCACAGAGAUUUCGGGUGAAAGUGGUUGUGGAAAAACACAAUUUUGCUUGCAGAUCGCGUUGACUGUUCAAUUACCAUUAUCAUUUAAAGGUGCAAAAUCUGGUAGGAACUCAUGAAUGUUAAAAUAAUUAAUCAAAUAGUUAAACAAAAAAAUUAUUACAUUCAUUUAAAUAUAGGAGCUGUAUAUAUUUGUACUGAAGACAGAUUUCCCUCGAGUCGAAUACAACAAAUGAUAUCCAAUCUUCGAUUUAAAUAUCAAUGCGACAAUAGAAUAGAUAUGAGCGAAUUGUGCCAAACAAAUUAUGGAGACAAUAUUUUGAUUAGUCAUAUAGCAACUGUGGUAAAUGUUGGUUUUUCCAUUGGAAGAUAUGUUAUUUUAACAGUGCUUGUAUAUUUCAGGAAGACUUGAAAAAAUGUAUCCACGAAAUGCUGCCAAAAGCACUUCUUCAUAGAUCUAUAAAACUAAUUGUCAUUGAUAGUAUUACAGCUGUAUUUCGAGGCGAGUACACACUAAGUGAAGCGCCUCGUAGGUCUAGAGAUCUUAGAGACUUGGCAUUUUGUUUACACAAUUUAUCUGUCAAACAUGGCCUGUGGAUCAUAUGUGUUAAUCAAGUAACAAACAUAUAAUUAUGAUAACCAUAUAUAUUUUAACAAUUAUAUUAUAUUUUCACUUAUAGGUAACAUCAUCAAUGUCUGAUAUCACAGGGAAAAAAUUAGUGCCAUCGUUAGGAUUAUCGUGGGCCAAUUUGGUGACUACAAGACUUUUGAUGUCCAAGACCCCAUGUUCCAGAUAUAUUGAAGUGAUAUUUAGCCCCCAUUCUGGUCCAACGAGCGUUCCUUUUGUAGUAACUGAACAAGGAAUUGAAUCCCUGAACUAGAAUGCUUUCUUUGUUCAAUAAAAACAAUUUAUAUUAUUAAUUAUCAUUCAUGAUAUUUUUUUUUUCAUGAUUUAAUUUACAUUAAUUUUACAAUAUAUAUUUAUAUAAAAAAAUAAUGCGUAUUUAUUAUAAAAAAAUGUCACAUUUAAUAUUUAAUAAUAUAAACAAUGUUUAAACAAAAAUUUUUUACCAUUAUGGUUUGGUUCUUAAAAAUAUUAAGUAAGUAUUUAAUGUUCUAACUUAAAAAUAAACUUAAUUUAGAAAAAAAAAUGUGAAUUUUAAAAUAUCCACUUUGAAGCACAAUUUUUCUAUUCCAUUAUGAGAGAAGCAGAUGCAUAGCUAACCGAUGAAUCAUUAAGGUUGUAACAUUGGCUAGAUUGGGCAUACUUUAAAAACUUGAGAGACAUUUUUGGAUUUGAAUUUCGUAAAUGAGCUGCAGCCUA